ACUCUUACUUGUGUAUAGUGUGAGUAACUUCAGUAAAUGAAGAACAAACAUGUUUUAACCAAAAAGACACAGACGGCUAACUGCUGUUUAUGUUCAAAUUACGCUUCUUGUUUCUAGACCAGCUCUGUUCUAAUUUUAUUUUCUAUUUGCUGAGCCUGUUGUGCCAAUAAGAUCCAAUAAACGCUGUAUAUUGUCACAGAAAGUACUUUACCAUGUUCUAACAUAUUUACAUGACCUAUUAUAUGUAUUAUUUUUAUGUUAAGCUUUCUGAAAAAUAAUUAUUUGGAAAAGUGUUUCUUGUGCCAUAAUAGGUUAAUUUGUACUUAUUUGUAGUAAUUUGUAUAUUUUACUCCUCAGAAUGCCAGAAUUUGAACAGAACUUCAUACUUUUGUUUGUCUAAAACCAUAAUUUUAAAAUAUUAGGUCAGACUUUUUGCUCAGUUACUCAGUACUCUAGAUGUUUUUUUUUUUUUCACCAAAUACUUUUUUACUCUAACUUGAGUAAUUUAUACUUUAGUAAAAAUAUCUUAAAGUAGAUAUAUAUACUUGAGCUAGUCUGUUCAACUCUGUUUAUUCAUUUAUCCGUUCAAUUAGUCAUUGUUUUACGCUGUUUUUGUUUUGUUUUGUUUGUAUUUUCCGGUAUUUGUUUAACGGUCAAAUGUUAAACUUCCGAGCUGCCCUGAACGCAGCUCCCUCCACGUUGUCUCUGACGUCAGCCGUGUGGGGGCGUGGACUUCCUGGUUGGGAUUUUACUUUUCUUGUCAACAAAAGCUGACGGAGUUAAAGCGACGUGUGUAUGAGGAAAACUUCUGCUCUGUUCCGGUACCGGUUCCACGAUCCGAACCGUUUUUUUCCCUCCCGUGUCGAACUCCUCUCAGAUGUGAAGAUGAGUUUCUGGAGAGUUUUCUCGGUAGUGAUCGUGUCCACAUGUUGGCUGCUGGUUCUGUCCAAAGAUGAGGUCCCUCCUGCCCCCUCAACACCCGCCGCCUUGACCGGCCCCACGACGGCCAAGCCCGCCGUGACGAACUCCAGCCGGGCGAACAGCACGCUGAGCGGCGGCGGAAGCACCAAGAAGUUCGGGUCCAACCUCGGGGCUGACAGCUCCAUGAUCCAGCGGGCCCUGUACGUCCUCAUCGGCAUCACCAUCAUCGGGGUCCUGUACUUCCUGAUCCGAGCCGUGCGCCUGAAGAAGCCGGCCCACAAGAAGAAGUACGGCCUGCUGUCCAACUACGACGACUCCGUGGAGAUGGAGGCGGUGGAGAGCGACGAGGACGACACCCUGUACGAAGCUCGCAGCCUGCGCAGAUGAGUUCUGCUGCGCCGGGUCGGACGGAUCAGAGCCGCCGCCGCCUGACCGUAUUGAUCCAGGACGAACUGGAAGAGGACGGGAACAGACCAAAAACUCCCAGCUGCUCGGAGAAGCAGGAUAAUCAAUAUUUUAUCAAUAUGUUCGGAGCGCUG